AUGGAUGUCGGCAUCAGGGAACUUGUCACUCUAACUGUCCACAACCUGGGCCUUGCCAUCAACACCCUGCCCAAUGAAUUCGAUAGGCGAUUUGUACUUUUGCCAAACAUCGACACGGUGUUGCCAGAUGCAGGAUCAACUACAGGAAUGACCAAAGUGACCAUCAAAGGCUCUGGAUUCGCAGCUUCUUCGGCAGCUGUAGAGGUCCGGAUGGGCCAUUUUCCAUGUGGCGUUCUGUCAGUGAAUUAUACAGCCAUUGAAUGUGAGACAUCCCCUGCUCCCCCCCAGCUGGUGGCAGUCCAGCUCCUCAUCCACGGAGUGCCUGCCCAGUGUCAGGGGAACUGCAGCUUUUCAUACCUAGACAGCAUCGCCCCUUUUAUCACGAGCAUCUCCCCAAAUUCUAUCGCGGGAUCUGUCAAAGCCCUUAUUGAAGGAGGAGGUUUUGGCACCAUCUUAGAGGACAUUGCUGUUUUCAUUGGAAACCAACCGUUCAGAGCUCUCGAUGUCACUGAAAAUAACAUCACUGUUCACGUGACUCCUCUCCCGGCUGGCCUCCAUCCUGUUAGGGUUGUGGUGGGAAGUAAGGGCCUGGCCCUGGGAAACCUGAGUGUUAGCAGCCCCGCCCUGGCAUCUGUCACCCCGGCUUCUGGAAGCAUUGGUGGUGGAACUACUUUGGCGAUCACAGGAAAUGGCUUCUAUCCAGGCAACACCACUGUCACUGUUGGGGAGGAAGCUUGUCAGAUUAUUUCUGUCAACUCCAGUGAAGUCUACUGCCGCACCCCAGCAGGAGCAGCUGGACGGGUCAAUGUGAAAAUCUUCGUUAAUGCAGUCGCUUAUCCACCGCUGUCAUUUACGUAUGCCUGGGAGGAUACGCCACUCCUCCGAGAGAUUGCUCCAAGCAGAGGUCCACCAGGAACCAAAAUUCAGAUCACUGGAUCUAAUUUUGGUAUUGAUAUCUUGGAAAUUUUGGUGAUGAUAAAUAAUAUUCAGUGUAAUGUAACCAUGGUCAAUGACAGUGUAUUGGAAUGCAUCGUUGGAGAACAUGCUGGUGGCACAUUUCCUGUUAGGAUGCAUCGUGAGACAAAAGGCUCUGCUGUGUCCACACUUGUAUUUGAGUACCCACUCACCAUUGACAAUAUUCAGCCAACCCAAGGGAGCUUUGGUGGUGGUCAGACCAUGACUGUGACAGGCACCGGGUUUAACCCACAGAAUUCCGGAAUAUUGGUGUGUGCCUCAGAAUGUGCAGUUGAUAGGCUUACAUCUGAUCACACAACAUUAUUAUGUAAAAUUCCACCCAACAAUGGCAGGGGACCUGAGCAAGCCUGUGAAGUGAGUGUGGUCAACGGGAAAGAUGUGUCACAGUCCUCAACUCCUUUCACGUACAACGUGUCACUGACUCCGCUCAUCACCAAAAUAGCUCCCGAGAGAGGCAGUACAGCAGGGAGCACCAGACUUACAGUCAUGGGAUCAGGCUUCAGUGAAAAUAUGCAGGAUGUUCUCGUCACCAUAGCUGAAACCAAAUGUGAUGUUGAGUAUUCCAACGAGACAUGUGUCAUCUGCAUGACAAAUGCCCACACUCCUUCAGGGUGGGCUCCCGUGCGCGUCACCGUGGGAAGCAUGGGGAUGGCCAGACGGGAGAAGGCUGACUUCCUGUAUGUGGAUGCUUGGUCCUCCAACGGCUCCUGGGGCGGAGCGCCUCCUCCUGAGGAAGGGUCGCUGGUCGUCAUCACGAAAGGACAGACAGUUCUGCUGGAUCAAAACACCCCUAUUCUGAAAAUGUUGCUUAUUCAAGGUGGAACUCUAAUAUUUGAUGAAGCUGACAUUGAACUCCAGGCAGAAAAUAUUCUAAUUACAGAUGGAGGCAUUCUUCAGAUCGGGACCGAAGCAUCCCCCUUUCAACACAAGGCGAUCAUCACCUUGCAUGGGCACCUGCGGUCUCCUGAGCUCCCCGUGUACGGAGCCAAGACGCUGGCGGUGCGCGAGGGCGUCCUGGAUCUGCACGGUCUUCCUGUCCCUGUGGUCUGGACCCGUUUGGCUCAGACUGCCCAGGCAGGGGAAAGGACUCUGGUUUUACAAGAAGCAGUAACAUGGAAACCAGGAGAUAAGAUUGUGGUUGCAAGCACAGGACACAGACACAGUCAAAGAGAGAAUGAAGAAAGGACCAUUGCAUUUGUGUCUGCUGAUGGCAUAAACAUAACGCUGACUCACCCGCUGAAUUACACACACUUAGGAAUUACGGUCCCCCUUCCUGAUGGAUCUCUGUUUGAAGCAAGGGCAGAAGUUGGAAUUCUUACGAGAAAUAUUUUAAUAAGAGGAUCUGAUAAUGUGGAGUGGCAUCACAAAAUUCCAGCAUGUCCUGAUGGAUUUGACACAGGUGAAUUUGCUACACAGACAUGUCUCCAAGGAAAGUUUGGAGAAGAAAUAGGAAGUGAUCAAUUUGGAGGCUGCAUUAUGUUUCAUGCUCCUGUACCUAGUGCUAACAUGGUAACUGGAAGAAUAGAAUACGUAGAGGUGUUCCAUGCUGGCCAAGCUUUUCGGUUGGGGAGAUAUCCAAUACAUUGGCACCUGCUGGGAGACUUGCAGUUUAAAUCUUAUGUCAGAGGCUGUGCAAUUCACCAGACCUAUAACAGAGCUGUCACUAUCCAUAACACUCAUCACCUUCUGGUUGAGCGGAAUAUCAUCUAUGAUAUCAAAGGAGGAGCAUUUUUUAUAGAAGAUGGUAUUGAACAUGGCAAUAUCCUGCAGUACAACUUGGCGGUAUUUGUACAGCAAAGUACUAGUCUUCUGAAUGAUGAUGUGACCCCAGCUGCAUUUUGGGUAACCAACCCAAACAACACCAUUCGGCACAAUGCCGCUGCUGGGGGCACUCACUUUGGCUUCUGGUACCGAAUGAAUGACCACCCUGAUGGGCCAUCCUAUGACCGAAACAUCUGCCAAAAGAGAAUUCCUCUUGGCGAAUUCUUCAACAACACUGUUCAUUCUCAAGGUUGGUUUGGGAUAUGGAUAUUUGAAGAAUAUUUCCCCAUGCAAACAGGAUCUUGUACUUCCACAGUGCCAGUGCCUGCAAUAUUUGAUUCCCUUACUACUUGGAAUUGUCAAAAAGGAGCUGAAUGGGUCAACGGAGGUGCCCUUCAGUUCCAUAACUUCGUGAUGGUAAAUAAUUAUGAGGCUGGAAUUGAGACCAAGAGGAUCCUGGCCGCUUAUAUUGGAGGAUGGGGUGAAACCAACGGAGCGGUGAUUAAAAAUGCCAAAAUAGUCGGUCAUCUUGAUGAAUUGGGAAUGGGGUCUGCAUUUUGUACGAUGAGAGGCCUGGUUCUCCCAUUUAGUGAAGGCUUGACUGUGUCUUCCGUACAAUUCAUGAACUUUGACCGUCGCAACUGUGUAGCUUUGGGAGUGACAUCCAUCACUGGCGUUUGUAAUGAGAGAUGUGGAGGCUGGAGUGCAAAGUUUGUUGACAUCCAGUAUUUUCACACACCAAACAAGGCUGGCUUUCGAUGGGAACAUGAAGUGGUACUGAUUGAUGUCGAUGGCUCACUCACAGGUCACAAAGGACACACUGUCAUUCCACACAGCCCAUUGCUGGACCCUUCGCACUGCACUCAGGAAGCCGAGUGGAGCGUAGGGUUCCCUGGGUCUGUCUGUGAUGCCUCAGUCAGCUUCCACCGCUUAGCUUUCAACAAGCCUUCUCCCGUAUCUCUGCUUGAAAAGGAUGUGGUUCUCUCAGACUCUUUUGGCACAAGUAUUAUUCCCUUUCGGAAGAAACGACUGACUCAUAUGUCUGGAUGGAUGGCUCUGAUUCCAAAUGCAAAGCACAUUAACUGGUACUUUAAAGGUGUGGAUCACGUAACCAACAUAUCAUACACAUCAACAUUCUAUGGAUUUAAGGAAGAAGACUAUGUCAUCAUCUCUCAUAACUUCACUCAAAAUCCCGAUAUGUUUAAUGUUAUUGACAUGAGGAAUGGCUCCUCAAAUCCCUUGAGCUGGAAUACCAGCAAGAAUGGAGACUGGCACCUUGAAGCAAACACUAGUACCCUGUAUUACUUGGUGUCAGGAAGAAAUGACCUUCCUCAAAGCCAGCCCGUGUCUGGGAAUCUGGAUCCUGAUGUGAAAGAUGUUAUUAUUAACUUCCAAGCUUACUGCUGCAUUCUCCAGGAUUGCUUUCCUGUGCAUCCACCAUCAAGAAACCCAAUUCCCAGGAAGCGACCAACCACAUAUAACUUAUGGUCAAACGAUUCUUUUUGGCAAUCAUCUCGGGAAAAUAAUUAUACCAUACCUCACCCAGGAGCAAAUGUGAUUAUCCCUGAAGGAACAUGGGUUGUAGCAGACACGGAUAUUCCACCACUGGAAAGGCUCAUUAUUUGGGGGGUUCUGGAACUGGAAGAUAAACAUAAUGUGGAAGCUGCAGAGUCUUCUUACAGGAAAGUCGUUUUGAAUGCUACUUAUAUAUCACUGCAGGGAGGUAGAUUAAUUGGUGGCUGGGAAGAUAACCCUUUUAAAGGAGAAUUACAGAUUGUUCUUAGAGGAAAUCAUUCUACUCCAGAGUGGGCUUUUCCAGAAGGACCAAAUCAAGGAUCAAAGAUCUUAGGGGUGUUUGGUGAGCUGGAUCUUCAUGGACUUCCACGUUCGAUAUAUAAAACUAAACUCUCAGAAACCUCGGAAGCAGGUUCCAGAGUCCUGUCCCUGGUGGAUGCUGUGGACUGGCAGGAGGGAGAAGAGAUUGUGAUAACAACCACGAGUUAUGAUAUCCACCAGACAGAAACUAGAAGCAUCGUUAAAAUCCUGCAUGGUCACAAAAUUCUCAUUCUCAACGAACCUCUUUCCUACACGCACCUUGGUGAAAGAUACCACAUUCCUGGAACAGGUCAGAGCUACACGUUAGCAGCUGAUGUUGGGAUUCUGAGCAGGAACAUCAAAAUCCUUGGUGAGGACUACCCAGGUUGGUUCCAGGAAUCAUUUGGUGCACGUGUCCUGAUCAGCUCAUUCACUGAAAAUAUGAUGACUUUUAAAGGAAAUGCAAGGAUAAGUAAUGUGGAAUUUUAUCACAGUGGCCAAGAGGGCUUCAGAGACAGCACGGAUCCACGCUAUGCUGUCACGUUUCUUAACCUAGGACAGAUUCAGGAACAUGGCUCAUCUUACAUUCGAGGCUGUGCUUUUCACCAUGGCUUCUCCCCGGCAAUUGGUGUGUUUGGAACAGAUGGAUUGGACAUAGAUGAUAACAUAAUUCACUUCACAGUGGGGGAAGGCAUAAGGAUUUGGGGGGAUGGCAACAGAGUCCGAGGAAACCUGGUUGCCCUUUCGGUUUGGCCAGGAACCUAUCAGAACAGAAAAGAUUUGAGUUCAACUCUCUGGCAUGCAGCAAUUGAGAUAAAUAGAGGGACCAAUACAGUCUUACAAAACAACGUCGUGGCUGGAUUUGGAAGGGCGGGAUACCGCAUUGACGGGGAACCUUGCUCAAGUCUGUCUAACCCCCUGGAAAAGUGGUUUGGCAAUGAGGCUCAUGGGGGCUUAUAUGGCAUCUAUAUGAACCAGGAUGGCCUUCCUGGAUGUUCUCUCAUACAGGGAUUUACCAUUUGGAUGUGCUGGGAUUAUGGAAUUUAUUUCCAGACCACAGAGAGUGUGUAUAUCCAUAAUGUGACCCUGGUUGACAAUGGAAUGGCCAUUUCUUCAAUGAUUUAUAUGCCAGCUGCCAUAUCUCACCAAAUUUCCAAUAAAACAGUGCAAAUUAAGAGCUCAUUAAUUGUUGGAAGUAGCCCUGAAUUUAAUUGCUCUGAUCGCCUAACAAAUGAUGAUCCCAAUAUUGAACUUUCUGCUGCCCAUCGGAGUUCUAGACCUCCAUCAGGAGGGAGAAGUGGGGUUUGCUGGCCCACCUUUGCUUCAGCACAUAACAUGGCACCUCGGAAGCCUCAUGCAGGGAUCAUGAGUUACAACGCCAUCAGUGGCCUUUUGGAAGUUUCAGGUUCAACAUUUGUUGGAUUCAAGAAUGUUUGUUCAGGUGAAACUAAUGUGAUAUUCUUUACUAACCCUUUAAAUGAGGAUUUACAGCAUCCAAUCCAUGUGAAGAACAUACAGCUGGUUGACACUAUUGAAAAAGCAAAAAUAUUUAUACAUAGGCCUGAUAUAAGGAAGGUGAAUCCAUCUGAUUGUGUAGACAUGGUUUGUGAUGCCAAAAGGAAAUCUUUUCUCAGAGAUAUGGAUGGCUCUUUUCUGGGGAAUUCUGGUUCAGUGAUACCGCAAUCAGAAUAUGAAUGGAAUGGAAAUAGCCAGUUAGGAAUUGGAGACUACAGAAUUCCAAAGGUUAUGCUUACAUUCCCAAAUGGAAGUAGAAUCCCUGUCACUGAGAAAGCACCUUAUAAAGGAAUUAUUAGAGAUUCAACCUGUAGGUACAUUCCAGAAUGGCAGAGCUAUCGGUGCUUUGGGAUGGAAUAUGCAAUGAUGGUCAUUGAAAGCCUGGAUUCUGACACUGAAACUCGAAGACUCUCACCUGUGGCUAUAGUGAGCAGUGGUUAUGUAGAUCUCAUUAAUGGCCCACAGGAUCAUGGCUGGUGUGCCGGAUACUCCUGCCAGAGAAGACUGUCCCUGUUUCAUAGCAUUGUGGCUCUGAACAGAUCUUAUGAAGUGUACUUCACGGGCACCAGUCCUCAGAAUCUUCGACUGAUGUUGCUUAACAUUAAGCAUGACAAGGCUGUUCUGGUAGGAAUUUUUUUUUCCACACUGCAACGUUUGGAUGUCUAUGUGAAAAAUGCAUUGGUCUGCCCCAAAGAUACAGUAUGGAACCCCCAAAAGAAACACUGUGAAUUUAAUAGACAUCCACACACAGAGCAAUUCCUUCCUAACUUGAAUUCCACUGUCCUUGGUGAAAACUACUUUGAUAGAACCUACCAGAUGCUUUACCUUUUGGUUAAAGGAACCACACCUGUUGAAAUCCACACCACCGCAGUCAUAUUUGUUUCUUUCCAAAUACCUUCUGUCACAGAAGAGGACUUUUAUAGCUCUCAGAACCUAGUUAGAAAUCUUGCCUUGUUCCUGAGGAUACCAAGUGACAAAAUCCGUAUCAGCAAAGGAAUAGGAGGGGACAACCUGCGCAAGAAGAGAUCCAUGGGAUUGAGGAUUGAUCUGGAGAUUGGAGAUCCACCCCCUCAGUUCAUAACCAAUGACACUGCAGGUCAGAUGCAAUUAUCUGAACUCCAAGAAAUUGCUGCUUCUCUUGGGCAAGCUGUAAUUUUAGGACAAACCAGUAGUGCCCUUGGACUUAAUGUCUCUUCCAUGUCUAUUAUCAAUCCCAUCCCUAGCCCAAGUGAUUCUGGAUGGAGUAAGGUGACUGCCCGGCCCGUUGAAAGGUUUGCGUUUCCUGUUCAUCACCUGGCCUUUGUGUCCUCGCUCUUGGUGAUCCGUCAGCCGGUGGCAGCGCAGCUGGGACAGCCACUUUCUCAGCAGCCUUCAGUAAAGGCAGUAGAUCCCGAUGGUAAUUGUGUAUCAGUUGGGAUUACUUCAUUGACUUUGAAGGCCAUACUAAAAGACUCCAACAAUAACCAAAUCAGUGGUCUUGGUGGAAAUACAACAAUUCCAUUUAGCAGCUGUUGGGCCAACUACACGGACCUUACUCUGCUUAGAACAGGGAAAAAUGUUAAGAUUGAAUUUAUUCUGGAUGAUGCUGCUCGCGGGGAAUCCAGGCCUCUCAGCCUCCCAGCGCAGUCCGUCUCCAGCGGCAGCAGCAGUGGCGGGGGAAGCGGCGGCAUCAGCAGCGGCAGCGGCAGCGGCGGCAGCAGCAGCAGCAGCAGCAGCGGCAGCAGCAGCGGCGGCAGCAGCAGAGCAUCCACUGUGGGUACCGCUGCCCAGACUGCGACUGCAGUGCUGAGCUGUCUGAUGGGGAGACUGCUGCUCUUGGAGAUAUUUAUGGCUGCAGUUUUGACUUUGAACCUAAAUCUAGGAAACAACUGA